AUGGCUGCAACAGGUGCCUCGACAGAUUCUCUCUCACCUCCCUCCUUGAGGCUGAGACGUCCUCUAAGGAUGAGCCAACUACCCGCCCGGCUCCCAUUUUUUGACCCCCUCCUCCUGCUGCCUGCAUUGGACGACCUUGGUUGCCUGGCCUCCCCCCCUUGCAUCCCCGCCUCUAAGAAGCAUAAGGGUGUCGAUCAUCCAGUGCCUCCUCCUCCUCAAAAGAAGAGUAAGGUCGCCUACUCCUGCCCUGGUCUGCCCCUGCUGAUCAACCACACCACCAAGCCCAAGCCCCGUUCAACGACGUGGGCAGGGAUUGCUCAUCAGGCUGCUACAAUGCCUCCCCUGCCUCCUGGCUUGGGACUGCAGCAUAGUGAGCCUACUCCUCUGCCCUCAUUCCUGACUGGACUGAUGAAGACAUCAACUCAUCACUCCGUCCCAUCCUUCACUUCUGAGGGUCCUACCUGGAAGCAAAUCCUUGUGUCGUUCAGGGGUACCCCUUCUGACCUCACAAAGUUCUUCACCGAGUCGGCCGUGCGAGUGGUCAAUGGAUACCUCAGGGAUGGCCAUUCCAUGUUGAAGGUCACCUCCAUCAGUUGCGCUUACGAUGGCAUGUCGUUGACCACCCCCACUAUUGCAAGCCUGUCCGACCUGGACAUUGUUUGCAACUUCGUCCACAAUAGCCUUCCAAUGGAUACUCGACGUCCCUUACUUCAAUCCAAAGAACGGAGGAAGAUCACCCAGGAGGUGCUUGAGAAGGCCCUCCGUGCCUCAGUUCACACUGAGGUCUUUGCAUAUCUGAGCACCAAGCCUUGGAUCGACUGCAACUUGGCGCACUCAACAUCGUGCACUGUGUACUGCAACAUCUGGGACUCCCAGCAGGGAACCCGCACCAAGAAGGCUUUAGGCCAACCCGUUUUCCUCACAGGGUGCACUUCUAUAAGCCAGGAACAUGUAUCAGACCCAGCAUUUAGCCAGUGUGAUCUCAUAAGUCCAGAGUGUGUUUGA